GCCCCUCCUCCCCCGCCCCCCUCUGGGCUGGACCGCGGAUGGUACGUUCCGCACGUGAGCUGGGUGCUGGUCUGGCCGGCGACGCGCGUGCCCUGUGGCCAAACACUGCCCGGAGUGAGAGCAAACUACCAGCGCAGUGGGGCCGGCGCGAGUGUGCGUGCGUGUGUGUGCGUGUGUGUGCGAGAGAGCGAGCACGGUGGGAGGAGGGGACCAACUGCUUCACACUUUCAACACUGCACUGAAGAGGGAGAGAGAGGGAGAGAGAGACUGGAGACGUACAGAUCCCCCCAAGAUCUCCCAAAGCUACCGUCCCACAGAUUAUAGAACAGAACCCCAAAAAUCGAAACAGAGGAAACGGACAGCGGUGGAACAUGGACGAAGGAAUUCCUCAUUUGCAAGAGAGACAGUUACUGGAACAUAGAGAUUUUAUAGGACUGGAUUAUCCCUCUUUGUAUAUGUGUAAGCCGAAAAGGAGCAUGAAGCGAGACGACAGCAAGGAUACCUACAAAUUACCGCACAGAUUAAUAGAAAAGAAAAGAAGAGACCGAAUUAAUGAAUGCAUCGCUCAGCUGAAAGACUUACUGCCUGAACAUCUAAAGUUGACAACUCUGGGGCACCUGGAGAAAGCAGUGGUCUUGGAAUUAACUUUGAAACACUUAAAAGCUUUAACAGCCUUAACGGAGCAGCAGCAUCAGAAGAUAAUUGCUUUACAGAAUGGGGAGCGAUCUCUGAAAUCGCCCAUUCAGUCCGACUUGGAUGCGUUCCAUUCGGGAUUUCAAACAUGCGCCAAAGAAGUCUUGCAAUACCUCGCCCGGUUUGAGAGCUGGACGCCCAGGGAGCCGCGGUGUGUCCAGCUGAUCAACCACUUGCACGCCGUGGCCACCCAGUUCUUGCCCACCCCCCAGCUGUUGACUCAACAGGUUCCUCUGAGCAAAGGCACCGGCGUGCCCUCGGCCGCCACCCCCGCCGGGUCCGGGGCCGCCCCCUGCCUGGAGCGCGCCGGGCAGAAGCUGGAGCCCCUCGCCCACUGCGUGCCGGUCAUCCAGCGGACUCAGCCCAGCGCCGAGCUCGCCGCCGAGAACGACACGGACACAGACAGCGGCUACGGCGGCGAGGCCGAGGCCCGGCCGGACCGCGAGAAGGGCAAAGGCGCGGGGGCAAGCCGCGUCACCAUCAAGCAGGAGCCCCCCGGGGAGGACUCGCCGGCGCCCAAGAGGAUGAAGCUGGAUUCCCGCAGCGGCGGCGGCCUGGGGGGCGGCGCGGCGGCGGCGGCCGCCGCGCUCCUGGGGCCCGACCCGGCCGCCCCGGCCGCGCUGCUGAGACCCGACGCUGCCCUGCUCAGCUCGCUGGUGGCGUUCGGCGGAGGCGGGGGCGCGCCCUUCGCGCAGCCUGCGGCCGCCGCGGCCCCCUUCUGCCUGCCCUUCUAUUUCCUCUCGCCUUCGGCGGCCGCCGCCUACGUGCAGCCUUUCCUGGACAAGAGCGGCCUGGAGAAGUACCUGUACCCGGCGGCGGCCGCCGCCCCGUUCCCACUACUGUACCCCGGCAUCCCCGCCCCGGCCGCCGCCGCCGCCGCCGCCGCUGCCGCCGCCGCCGCCGCCGCCUUCCCCUGCCUGUCCUCUGUGUUGUCGCCCUCUCCCGAGAAGGCGGCAGCCGCCGCUGCCGCGACCCUCCUGCCGCACGAGGUGGCGCCCCCUGGGGCGCUGCACCCCCCGCCCCCGCACGGCCGCACCCACCUGCCCUUCGCGGGCCGCAGCGAGCCGGGGAACCCGGAGAGCUCCGCUCGGGAAGAUCACUCGCAGCCAGGAAAGGAAACCCCCUGAAUCCUUGCUCCGCUUAGAAGGGACCCGGGUUCACGCGGAAUCAUAAGUUAAAACACCCUUAACGUUUUCAAGGGAGGAAGUGUAAGAGAUGCACGACGGGCUUAAAAGAAAACAAAACAUAACAAGCAAAAAAACCACAGGUGUUUUGUGUACGUUUGGAGUUCCUGUUUUGCUCAUCCCUCACCGCCCACCAACCUCCACACACUAACAUCCCUUUCUUCUCCCACCAGCUGUACAAGAACCUCAUAGGUAUUCUUUUUUCUUUAAAGAACUCCCCGUAAUAAGUUUUGCCUUCUUUUAGGCCACGUUCCAUUUUCUUUUAAAAUAUAGGACCGAAUUCUCGAGGAAGUGAGAAGGGUCUGCUCAGCGAGUGAGCUCGCUGAACCAGGGUAGGGGAAAGGUGGCGGAGGAGCUGACGUGGAACCGCAGGUAGCUGCUGUCUGCCUGCGUCUCAAAGCUGUCCUGCUUGCUUUAGGAAGAUUUCCACAAAUAGAAGGAGGACCUUUUAGAAUUCAACUUAGUCUUCAGUAUUUCAUAAUGUUCAGCUUUUCAAGAGGCGUAUAUUUUUCAAAGAGGAAGCGGUGAGGAUGCAGUCGCUCACGUUGCAACCUAUUCUGAAGUGGUGUGAAUGGUCUCUUAGUAAGUUGCGCUUGUUUAAGGAGAUGCGGAGUUGGGCCAACGUCAGAACUAAGUCAGGGAAGGAGAUGGAUGAGGAAGGCCAGAGUCAUUCUCAGUACAUUUGCUAGCACUUUAUUGAGAAAUUGACCGUGAAUCAAUUAACUCAUCUUAAUUUCAUAUAUAUAGAUAUAUAUAUGAAAUUGAGUGCAUCUGUUUUCACCCUGUCAUUAUUUUAUCCAUCAUGUUUCUAAGUUUGUAUCAUCUUGGUGUUAAAAAACAAAAAAAGAAUGUGCGCUGAACUUUAAAAAAAAAAAAGAAAAACAAGUCCAAACUGAUUUAUCCUAUAUUCUGUUAAUUCACAAGAGUGGAGGAGGAAAGCAUUAAACUGGUCCGUUUGGGUUGGAAAUGCUGUAAAGAUGUGGAAUGAAGCCCUGUGAGGCCUUCCUAUCUCCAAGUCUAUGUAUUUUCUGGAGACCAAACCAGAUACCAGAUAAUCACAAAGAAAGCUUUUUUAAUAAGGCUUAAACCAAGACCUUGUCUAGAUAUUUUUAGUUUGUUGCCAAGGUAGCACUGUGAGAAAUCUCACUUGAAUGUUAUGUAAGGGGUGAGACACAACAGUCUGACUAUGAGUGAAGAAAAUAUCUGGGUCUUUUAGUCAGUUUGGUGCAUUUGCUGCUGCUGUUGCUACUGUUUGCCUCAAACGCUGUGUUUAAACAACGUUAAACUCUUAGCCUACAAGGUGGCUCUUAUGUACAUAGUUGUUAAUACAUCCAAUUAAUGAUGUCUGACAUGCUAUUUUUGUAGGGAGAAAAUAUGUGCUAAUGAUAUUUUGAGUUAAAAUAUCUUUGGGGGAGGAUUUGCUGAAAAGUUGCACUUUUGUUACAAUGCUUAUGCUUGGUACAAGCUUAUGCUGUCUUAAAUUAUUAAAAAAAAUAAAUAAACACUGUCUGCAAGAAA